GUUUGGAUACGGACCACACCCACACCACACACAUCGCCCUUCUCUUGCCGAAUUUUCUAUUCUCUCUCUCUCUCUAUUUCGUCUUCACUGCAACCAAACCAAAGCAAUGCCUUCCAUUUCAAUUAUGAAAUGGCCAUGGAUGAUACUGACUGAUUGACUGACUGACUGUCUGACAGGAGGGAAGGCAUUGCAUUGGCACAUAUAUAUAUCGCCGGGCAAGUAUCAUCAUUGGAUUGGAAGGAAACCUCCCUCCCUCCCAAAUUCUCUGACCCUAAUUCUUCUCCUUUGUAGUUUUCCGCCUGCCAUGCCCACGACGAUCCCCUUUUCAUCCCAUUGUUGAGAGAGAAGGGAAUUGUUUAUUAUUGUUAGGGUUCCCAAUGGGGACGAUCGUGGAGGAGCCCAAUGCCGAGAGGAUUUACGUGUCGGUUAGGCUGAGGCCCAUGAACUCAAAGGAAAUCCUCCGGAACGACGUUGUCGACUGGGAAUGCAUCAACGACGACACCAUUGUUUACAGAAACGCAGGGCUUUCUUCUGCUUCGGACAGGUCUCUGUAUCCCUCCGCCUACACAUUCGGAAUGUAGAUCGGGUGUUCCGGACCGAUUGCACGACGAGGGAGGUGUACGAGAAGGGAGCCAAAGAAGUUGCCAUUUCAGUUGUGGAUGGACUGAAUGCAAGUGUUUUUGCAUACGGCCAAACCAGCAGCGGGAAGACAUACACAAUGAGUGGCAUUACUGAGUUUGCUAUAGCCGACAUAUACGACUACAUACACAAACAUCCGGACAGGGAAUUUGUCCUCAAGUUUUCUGCUAUGGAGAUUUACAAUGAAUCUGUUAGAGAUCUUCUCAGUGCAGAUUUCACUCCUCUGAGACUUUUAGAUGAUCCGGAGAGAGGGACCAUAGUCGAAAAGCUCACAGAGGAAGUUUUGACGGACUGGAAUCAUGUGACUCAGCUCCUUUCAGUAUGUGAUGCUCAAAGACAGAUAGGAGAGACUGCCCUCAAUGAAAUGAGCUCCCGAUCGCACCAGAUCAUUAGAUUGACGAUCGAUAGUUCUUCUCGUCAGUUGCUAGGCAGGGACAGUUCAAGCACGCUUUCUGCCACCGUGAAUUUUGUUGAUCUGGCUGGAAGCGAACGAGCAUCCCAAUCAUUAUCGGCGGGUACAAGGCUAAAAGAAGGCUGCCACAUAAAUCGCAGUUUGCUGACCCUUGGAACUGUUAUUCGCAAGCUGAGCAAGGGUCGAAAUGGACACAUUCCAUACAGAGACUCUAAACUGACUCGAAUUUUACAAACAUCAUUGGGAGGAAAUGCAAGGACGGCCAUCAUCUGCACAAUGAGCCCUGCUCACAGUCAUGUUGAGCAAUCAAGGAACACUCUUCUGUUUGCUAGCUGUGCGAAGGAGGUGGCCACUAAUGCCCAUGUGAAUGUAGUCAUGUCUGACAAAGCAUUGGUUAAGUAUUUGCAGAGAGAGUUGGCUCGACUGGAGAGUGAGCUGAGAAGUCCUCAAUCUACUUCCACACCAUCAAACUAUCAGGCAAUAUUGAGAGAGAAAGAUCUUCGAAUUGCAAAGCUCGAGGAAGAGAUUAAUGAUCUAAUUCUGAAAAAAGAUAUUGCUCAGUCACAAGUACGUGAUUUGUUGCAAAUGCUCAGAGAUAAUGCAAAUACAGCGACAGAGGUGAGGUCUCCGCACUAUCCUCAUUUGCGAGUGCAAAGAUCACCAGAUAUUGAAAUCCAAGAACAGGAGUCAUCUUUUCUGGCAGAUCCUUACUGUUCAGAUGGACACAGUCGAACAAGUUCGCAGGAUCAUAUUGUGAGAGUUCCAUAUUUUGAUGGGAACUAUCCACAUGGUGACACAUCUCCAAGGAUCUUGAUAAACAACUCGAACUCCAGUGAAUGUUAUUCAUACAAUGGCUGGGAGGAGAUGGACAAGCAAAGCAACAGGAGUUCGGAGGAUCUGUGCAGAGAAGUUCGUUGCAUUGAGACUGAGGAAUUGAGUAGUGUAGUGGCUGAACAAUCCAAGUUUUCAUCUCAUGAGAAUACUGGAUUUGCAGAAGUAUCACCAAUGACUCCUUUGCAUAAUAAUCGACAUCAUCAACCUUUUCCAAUGAGGGAUUCUGCUGCCGAGACACAGGAUAGUAUUGCCUCCGUGACUAUGUCCUUAAAGGAAAGCCAACAAAUGACUCCACUAUCAUUUUCAGUAGAUAAGGAAGAGAAAGAAUUAAGCUCCAUUCAUAUUCCUGAUAUAUCUCCCCUAGAAAACGACUUGAUGAAUAGAAGAUUGAAAUUGACUAGAAGUAGAAGCUGCAAGGCAAGCAUUGCCAACUCAUCGUCUCCUUGGUUUGACACGGUAAAUUUGCUUGAGAAGACACCAUGUCUUGAAUCAGAGGGAAUGUCUCUCAGGUUUGAUAGGAAACAAUUGCCUUUAACAUUUGAUCGAAAGAGUUUAUCAGGAAAGGAGUUUCACCCUUCUCCAGGAAAUGCUCAUGAUAUCAGCAUUGACACUUCAAUUCCAGAAUUCACCAAUGACACUAGAGAGAAGUUCGAACUUCCAACUGAACCUUCAUUCAUCGAGAGUCCAUCAAAGGACAUUGAACUGAAGAAGAAUGUCAAAGACAUUGGAUUAGACCCGAUUGAGGAUGAAUCCGAAAGUCAUUCAAGCUGGACUGUUGAGUUUAAAAGACUUCAACGAGAAAUCAUCGAACUUUGGCAUGCUUGCAAUGCCUCGAUGGUGCAUAGAACCUACUUCUUCAUGCUUUUCCAAGGCGAUCCUUCAGAUGCAAUAUAUCUAGAGGUGGAGUUGAGGCGGAUGAGAUUCUUGAAAGAUAAAUUCUCUCGGGGAGAUAAGACCAUAGUGAGCGGACGAUGUGUAACACUAGAGUCGAGUGGGAGGUCUCUCGUAGAGGAGAGGCGAAUGCUUAGCAGACGGAUGUCGAAGAAGCUGUCUGAGCAAGAACGGGAGAGGCUGUUCCUGAAGUGGGGAAUAGGUCUCAACAGCAAAUACAGAAGGAUGCAGUUAGCUCAUCGGCUGUGGACCAAAACAGAGGACAUGGAACACAUUGCUGAGAGUGCAUUUCUUGUGGCAAAGCUCAUUGGCAUUGUGGUACCCGAUAAAGAAAUGUUUGGACUCAACUUCACGCCCCGGUGCUCGACAAGAUUGCACAGUUUCAGACGCAGCCUGGUCGCAUUGUUGUAGUAUGUAUGUAUGUAUGAUGCUUGUCGAUUCCGUUGCUAGUCCUUUACUGACUUGGGUUUUACUGAUCUUGAUCUUGAUAUUGAUCUGGUUGUUAUAUAUUGUUAAUGUUUGGGUUUGUUUUUACGUCUACUUGGAUGUAAAACUAUUGUUUUUGUCUUA